UUUUAUCCUUCAAAAAUCAGAAUAGAAUACAGAAGAUCAAAGGAGAAACCAGUUUCUCCCCCUUUCAGGCUUCCCCUCACUCAGAGCUCUUCCCCAUUCUUCCUUGAAAACCCUAGCCGCUGCUGGUCUCACCGUCGCCGCCUGCUUCGUUGCCAGCUUCCCGUCCCUCGUGGUCCGUCGGUCUCCCUCAAAUCUCUGGUCACUGCCCUCGCCGAAGGUAAUGCCUCGGAUGCUCAGUCAGUGCUCGGUGCUUUUUGUUGGAUGAUUGGCUCUGCACACUGCUUGAUGAUAAAUUUUAACUCUGUUACUGCCUUGUUCUUGCUUGUUUUGGGUUGAUUAACUCUGUUACGGGCUUACUGGUUGAUGAUAAAUUGUUACUGGCUUGUUCUUGCUUUUUUUUCCCUUUCCUGUUGUUAGAUUUUGUUAAAGUUUCUUGAUGAUAAAUUUUGUGCUCAUUGCCUAAAUGAAUACUUGUAAUUUAAUCACAAAAUGAAACAAAUUGUGUAUUGAAAUAUGAACUCGCAUAAUCAUCGUGUUACUGACAUUUUCGUAACUAUGUUUUACUGUUUUAGCUCCCAGAAAGCAGGCAAUUAUCAUUUCCGUCUGUGUUAAUACCUUUGAAUACAGGGAAACACUGAAUGAUAUGUGAUUGAUCGCUACUACGUCAACUUGAAAGUAAUCGUGUGCAAAGUUUAAAUGUUGUUAAUUUCACUUUAUGCUUAAUACCAACACGCCUCACUCUUAGAAAACAGAACCCUUUUUAUUAGAGGAAAAAUCCACACACGGAGAGUAAAAUGACGACGGAGCCAUCGGAAUCGUUCAAGCCAUACACCCUGUCACAAACCCUAACCGGCCACAAGCGCGCCAUCUCCGCCGUCAAGUUUUCCUCCAAUGGCCGUCUCCUGGCAUCGUCGUCAGCGGACAAGACCCUCCGCACUUACGCCUUCACCAAUUCAGACUCUGAGUCCGGCAGCCGCACUUUGUCGCCGAUGCAGGAGUAUGAGGGCCAUGAGCAGGGUGUCUCCGAUCUGGCCUUCUCCUCAGACUCUCGAUUCUUGGUCUCCGCCUCCGACGACAAGACCCUCCGCCUCUGGGACGUACCCACUGGCUCACUCAUCAAAACCCUGCAUGGCCACACCAACUACGUCUUCUGUGUUAACUUCAACCCCCAAUCGAACAUCAUUGUUUCUGGUUCCUUCGAUGAGACUGUUAGGGUUUGGGACGUUAAGACCGGUAAGUGUCUUAAGGUCCUUCCAGCACAUUCUGACCCUGUCACCGCGGUCGAUUUCAACCGCGACGGUUCUCUUAUUGUUUCUAGUAGCUACGAUGGGCUCUGUAGGAUUUGGGAUGCCUCCACUGGCCACUGUAUGAAGACUCUCAUUGACGAUGAGAACCCUCCUGUUUCCUUUGUCAAGUUCUCCCCUAAUGGCAAGUUCAUCCUCGUUGGCACGUUGGACAACACUCUGAGGCUUUGGAACUAUUCUACUGGCAAGUUUCUGAAGACAUACACCGGUCAUGUUAACUCAAAAUAUUGCCUUUCAUCCACAUUUUCUAUAACAAAUGGGAAGUAUGUUGUUGGUGGCUCAGAAGAUAAUUGUAUAUACUUGUGGGAACUGCAAACAAGGAAAAUAGUGCAGAAAUUGGAAGGCCAUUCUGAUACUGUUGUAUCCGUCUCGUGUCACCCGAUGGAGAACAUGAUCGCUUCCGGUGCUCUUGGCAAUGACAAAACUGUGAAGAUCUGGACCCAACAGAAAGACUAAUCUUGUGAUGAGGACUUCAGGCUAAUCGUUCGAUGGAUUAGUGAAAGUUGAGUUUAGGAGAAAGUGACUUGUGAUGAAACCCUUAGGUCAUGUUGCAGUUGAGGAACUUGGUCAUUUUUGCAGUUGAGUUCACUAUUGUAUUAAAGAAUGAUUUCAUUUCAAGUUUCAACCAUUGUAUCGUCACGGAAGUCACUCUUUAAGGGUAAUUUGGAUGGUAGGUUCAUUUAGUUGGGUGUCCCUAUCAUUUUCUUGUUUAUUAAAUAUGGAAGUUGGGUCUUGAGAUAAGUUUCGGAUGUAAAUAGACAAAACUCGAAUGUCUACCCUAAUGGAUUAAUCCCACGGCAGUAGCCACCACUAA